GCGAGUCAAGUGUGAAAGAGUCACGUCCCAACCCCAAAUUGAUAUUCUAAAACCCUAACCCUAAAACCCUUACUCAAUCACAAAAAACACAGCUUUGGCGAUCACCAUGGCCGAAGACGCCAUGAACGUCGAUCAAUCCGAGCCCUCCAAGGUUCAAUGCCUUCAAACGCUAAUCAAUGGCCCAUUUGCCUCAUCUCUAUCCAAUCUUUCAGGCUCCUCGCGCGGCAUUCCGUCCAACAAAGACUUCCAUUACUACUACAACUUCGAUGAAUUCAGGGCUCCGGUUCAAGAAAUCGAUACCAAAUCACAGUCAAUGCUCGAAUCAGUUGGUUCUUCUUCGUCGCGUGUUUGGAACAAAGCGAUGGCUUUUCCUGUAGAUACGGAAGAGGCUUACAAUUGGUUGGUGGACGUAAACGACGAGAUUUUCGAGAGGUUCGACAUGUCGGUGGACGAGUUUCAGAGGAAUAGGAAUAGCGAGGAGGCGACUGGUAGGGUGACGAAUGCUACUUCGGUUGUGGAUGAUGGGUUUCAGUUAGUGUGUGGGAAGAAAAAGAAGGGGGCGAGUCAGUUGCCGAGUGGGCAGGAUUCUACUUCAUCCCCCGGCAUUAAGGUGGCGACGAAGGAUAAGAAAAUCACUGGGACGAAACCGAAGAUUCCAUUUCAUAUACCGUCGAUUCCGAGACCUCAACAGGAGUUCAAAAUCUUUGUUAAUAAUGUGAACCAACCGUUUGAGCAUGUUUGGUUGCAGAAGAGCGAGGAUGGUAAAGAGUAUUUUCACCCGCUGAAGCAGUUUACGUAUAUGGAUUUUGUCGAUAAAGAUAGUGAUGUUCUGCAUAUUGAGCCGGUAAAACCGACUCCAGUUGAGUCUACACCGUUCAAGUUUGUAGAGGAAGUAAAAGAUUUAAAGGACCUAGCUGCUAAGCUGCGUGCUGUAAAUGAAUUUGCGGUUGAUUUGGAACAUAAUCAAUAUCGUUCUUUUCAAGGAUUGACUUGUUUGAUACAAAUCUCAACAAGAACCGAAGAUUUUGUAAUAGAUGCUCUGAAGCUCCGAAUUCAUAUUGGUCCAUAUCUUAGAGAAGUGUUCAAGGACCCAACAAAGAGAAAGGUGAUGCAUGGAGCAGACCGUGAUAUUUUUUGGCUUCAAAGAGAUUUUGGCAUUUACAUCUGCAAUAUGUUUGACACCGGCCAGGCCUCAAGGGUACUGAAAUUGGAGAGAAAUAGUCUGGAGUAUCUUCUACACCACUUUUGUGGAGUAACUGCUAAUAAAGAGUACCAAAAUGCAGAUUGGAGAUUGCGGCCACUUCCUAAGGAGAUGCUUAGAUAUGCUAGAGAAGAUACGCACUAUCUAUUGCAUAUAUAUGACUUAAUGAGGAUGAAAUUGUUCUCGCUGUCUAAGGAAUCUGAAAGCUCUGAUAUUUCUUUACAAGAGGUUUACAAGCGCAGUUAUGAAUUAUGUAUCCAGCUCUAUGAGAAAGAACUUCUGACAGAAAAUUCGUAUCUCUAUAUAUAUGGGUUGCAAGGAGCUGGUUUAAAUGCUCAGCAGCUAGCCAUUGUUGCGGGACUUUGUGAGUGGCGAGAUGUUGUUGCGCGUACAGAGGAUGAAAGUACUGGUUAUAUAUUGCCAAAUAAAACCCUUAUUGAAAUUGCUAAGCAGAUGCCUGUCACUACUAGUCAGCUGCGACGAUUGGUCAAGUCAAAGCACCCAUACAUGGAGCAGAAUCUUGGUGCUGUUGUUAGCAUCAUUAGGUCUUCCAUGCUGAAUGCUUCUGCAUUUGAAGCUGUUGCUGAACAACUGAAAGAGGCACGUGUGGCUUUGGCAUCUGAAGAAAAUUUAGUGGUUGCCACAGUGGAAAGCACCUCUGAUGGCAAUUUAAUGGAUUCUUCUGAACAUGACAAGAAUGGACUGAGAAGUUCUUCUGAGCAUCCUAGUGGAAGUGGCAGUGGAAAGUCUGGGGUUCUGAAAGAGGAUCUAACUAUUUCAGGGCAGAGAGAAGACAGAAAUACCAGUACUUCAUUACCAGAUUUAGCAAAGGUCUCUGCAGUGACUGUACAGGUGCAAAAAAAACCUAGCCGUGCUUUUGGUGCACUCCUGGGAAAUAAAAUCUCCAAGAAAAAGACUGAUGCAAGUACAAAGGACAAGGAAGAGGCCAAGUUGGAGCAAAUUAGAGCUUCUGUACACUUACCAUUCCAUUCAUUUUCCAGCAUCAGCGAGCAGUCGAAACCAGUUGUUGAAGCGCCUGUUGCAGUCUCUGAAGUUCCAGCUCCUGAUGUGCCAGCGAACGCAUUAGCGGCCAGCUCUAGAUUGGAUGAUAUCAUAAUGUUGCGGACUGAUAAUACUGACACUGAGGAAUCAAAAAGUGAACCAGGAACUGUAAAAGAUGCGGAUAGCAGUUCAGUGGUGUCCAGCUUGAAGAUUGAUAAAGAGGAAGAACCGAUGAGUCUCUCUGAUUUGUCUUCAAGCUUCCAACAAUGUUUCCAGGAUAGGAAAGCCAAGCAAGUCGAUAGAACGCAGAUAUCCGGUGGCUUGCAGCUGGAGCCAUUUGACUAUGAAGCAGCAAGGAAGCAGGUUCUAUUUGGAGAGAAGAAUACAAAAGAACAUAGGAAAGGUGGUGUUGGCAAUUCUAAGGGCAAGAAAAAGUCUGAUAAAAGUCGAGCAUCGAAUGAUGAGGAGUUAGGUGACUUCUCUCAAGGUAGACGGCGUAAAGCUUUUCCAGCAUCUGGGAACCGUAGUUCAACCUUUCGCUGAUUUUGUUUGUCGUGAUCAAAUGGGUAGAAAUUACCAUUUCAAGAAGGGUUACAGGAGGGGGUAUUGACCAUAGAGAGGAAAGGUUUUUCUUGUCUCCAUUUGAUUAGUGUGAACAGUGUUCUCUUAUUUAUAUUUCCUUGCAUAAAUCUGCUCUGUUCACACUGUUAGAGUGGAGCUUGAAGAAUGUUACUUUUAAGUGUUACAUAUUCUUUCAAAGCUAGCCAACAAUAAUAUAAAAUUUUGAGAUGGCUCCCAUUUUUUACCAAGAGAAGAAAAAAUUUUGUUAAAAAAAGGAGCCAUGCAUUGUAAAAGUGCUUGUGCUAUAUUGGCAAUGUUGAAUAUGUAAUGAUCUUUCUUUUACA